GCCUAACCUGUUCAACCUGUCCGGGAUGACAAGAGUGGCUGGGUGAAUUAUGUCACAGUAGAUUGACUAACUGUAGGCUGAGGAGGAUAAGAGGUGGAGCAGGAGGAGCAGGAGGCCAUGAAGGCAGAUAGCACAGAGGACAUUGAGUCUCUCAUGGAGGACAUGGACUACAUCCCCGGCCACUUCCACCUGGACCUCAACCUCAACUGUGAUCCUGUUGGGCCUGUGAAGCUGAGACUCAGGGACACGUACCUGAAACAGGAGAGCCUGUGUGGCGAGCUAGAGGCUGAAGCUGGAUAUCUACAGUACGCUGUCCGAAAUCUACUUGGUCUGCUAGCUUUUCACCUCGAACAACUGGACACAGCUGAGGAAAUAUUCAGAAGCAUUUGUAAAGAAGACCCUGGUAACCUCAAUGCCUGGGCCAACCUGGGCUACGUGUACGACAAGCUGGGGAGAGAGCUGGAUGCAGGGGAGUGUGUGGAGAAAGUGUCUCACCUAAUGGGCUUAGAUGCUGGAGAGGCCUCUCAGGAAGAGACCAGGCUCCUGGCGGCUCGCUGCCUGGUUGAGCAGGCCUACGUGUAUCCCUAUGAUGUGGAGCUGGACAGUGAGGACAACCUGAGAGAGAGGCUGACGGCAGCAUUGACACUUUACAACAGAGCCCUGGACUAUGGGGGUCAGCUGAUACCAAGAGAGGAAAAACAAAGCUGGUAUUUUAAAAUGGCAACUAUCUAUAUAAGACUAGACGACAUAGUAAAGACCAAAGAGGACUCUGAAUACUCCAGACUCUCCCACUACAAUAAGGGACUGAAGCUUCUCAAACAAACACUAGAAUCUAAGAAAACACAACACAAAGCCCUUGCUUGGUGUUAUGUUGGCAUCAUGUUGGAGAGGAAGGAAGAGUUCACCACUGUGCCCAUGUCUAUACAUGACUGUGGCUACUCAGCCUCUGAUCCUCUAUCCUGCUAUGGAACUGCCAUAAAUUUGGCCAGUGAUGAUGCAUUGACCCUGAACCUUCUGGCAAAGGUCUUCUUUCUGCUGGACAAACAUGAGAUGGCCACAGGGAUCUGCAACAUGGCCUUAAACGUGCUCCCAGACCCAGAAAUCAACUGGCAGGCCUACUGCACACGUGCCAAGAUAAACAUGAUGCUCUACAUCAGGGACCUGGAGAAGGCAAAACAUGGUCAAGGUGGAAUCCCAGACCGACAGAAGCUAACUGAGGUCAGAAAAGACUUGGACAAAGUCUUGACUGUACGUCCAUGUCUGCGGACUCACCUUGAGAUGGCACAGGUGUACUACUACAUGGGUGUAGAUGCACUCCAGGAGAGUCUGUUAGUGGAUGAGGGGGCAGUGAACAGUGCGUUGGUGAGUCUGUCCCAUGCCCUACAGUUUGAGCUGGGUGACAGCUUGCCGGACCUCCACGUGCUCAGAGGACGCUGCCUCCUGCUGAAAGGUGAGGAGCAGAACGCUGCAGACUGCUUCAAACGCGCUGUGGAGUUAGAGAGACCUGGGAGCACAGAUAUCACAGCCCUGCGCUGCCUCCUACAGGCCCUCCUGGCUCUGUUCAUGCAGGGAGGCCCUGACCCCAGCCUUGCCAUCACCCAACUGGAGCUGUGGGUACAAAAGGCAGAAGAGAGGUACCCUGGGGACAUUGUGAAGGCCGAGCUGAGGUGCCUUUACAGGACUCACACAGCAGAGGUCACAGAGUUAUCCAGGGCUCUGAUCAGGACAGGCAGACUGGACCUAGUUAGGAGGCUACUGGAAACGGUGGUGCCUAAAGAACUGGUUAAGAAGAGACCAAUGGCAAGGUCUUUCUCCUGUACAUAAAGCAAAUAUGUGACUACAUUUGGUUACAGGCACGUAACCAAACCAGAACAGGGAUGCAGUAAUUAAUGAACUUCUUGACAACAUUUCACACAAAUGAACAGCAGCAGUGCACUGUAACUGAGCUGUCUUUACUGUAAUGGUGUGUUUUUAAGCUGUGAUUCUUCUAUUAUUAACUUGUUUUUGGGGUUUUUUGAAGAACAACUUUUGGAAACGUUGGAUCUACAUAGAAACUUACAUUUACAGUUACAGCACAGAAGGAUAUUCCUUUUAGCUUGCUUUAUGAUGGAAAAUUUGUUAAAAUCUUCGAGGUUUCAUAUAAAAUAAGAAGGCCCACGACUUUUGAGAGCAUUCCUGAAUUGAAGAGAGAUGGUUGGGUGUAUUAAUGAAAUGGCUAUGGUCAGGAUGCCCCAUUGGCCCUUCCAAAGCGUACUGUAUAAAUGACUGCUUCUCGGAGUAGUCUUGUUUCUGCUCAGUAGUAUUAAUAUCAAGCUAAACUACCUCUGAGUGGGAGAUUUUAAUGCUCUACCACUGAUGACCAACAGGUGGGGCUAUACACCAUUAAGAUGUUGCCUGGUUUAUGAAAGGUUCUGUUUUUGGUGCAAAUAAGAUUAAACUGCAAGCCUUUAAAAACAUUGUGCACAUGAAUUAAAAUACAUUUUUGAAUCACUCACUAUGUAAUACGGUCUUGAUCUACUUCGCAGUUGCCAGAUCUCAACCCAACUGAACACCUAUGGGAGACUUUGGACCAAUGUGUUACACAGAGCUCUUCACCACCACAUUAAAAACACCAAAAGAAGAAAUGUCUUUUGGGAAAAAAGUGUUCAUCCCUCCGGUAGAGUUCCCGAGACUAGUAGAACUAUAUCUUGCUCACAAGUUCCCUGGUUAAGUAAAUGUUAAAUGAAAAAUAUUUAAAAAGAUGAGGGUAAGUGUAUGAAAUAUCCAUGGGGAUAUUGUGUUGCUACUGUGUGUCAAUUAAUCUCUCUUAAAGCCACUAUCAGAAUACUGGUGCUGCUCCUUGUGGCUUUGCCCAGCAGGGGGCCCAAGGACCUGAGUGAAAGGGCUCAGUCUUUCAUGUCAAUAAAGGGACCCCCAAAAAACCUUCUGAAAAACUGAAAGAAUAGCUUAAACAUUCAUAGUGAAUGUGUCACAUUAAAAAACUUGACAACACCUUCACAGGGAAUGUCUGUCCCCUCUUGUUUUCUGUAGAACGUUUAGGCCUGGUACCAUUAUUAACACCUAUAUAGCCUAUCUGACUCUGCUGGAUGAAUUUUUUUAAAUUUAGUUUUUAUUUCCGUUUCAGCAACUUAACAAUCAUAUUCACAAUUUUGCCUGCUGUUUCCCAUGUUCAGCUGUUUAAUGAAACUGUAAUUAAUAAAAUUAAAGUUAAAAAAGA